UCGAGAGAAAAGAAGGAAGGAAAGAAUGGCAAGCGAAGAAGAGAGUGCGGUAAAAGAACCAUUGGAUCUCAUCAGACUUAGCCUGGACGAGCGUAUCUACGUCAAGCUCCGCUCUGAUCGUGAGCUUCGCGGCAAACUUCACGCUUAUGAUCAGCAUUUGAAUAUGAUUCUUGGGGAUGUUGAAGAAAUUGUUACUACAGUAGAAAUCGAUGAUGAAACCUAUGAAGAGAUUGUUCGGACUACAAGGCGCACAGUGCCCUUCCUGUUUGUUAGAGGAGAUGGUGUCAUAUUGGUCUCUCCUCCAUUGAGGACAGCUUAACCUUGAGGAUGAAGUUCAAAGUGCAAUCAUCCGGCAGAGAAACCAACCUUUUCUAUAUUUUGUUUACUCUGCCAUUGCUGUACUUUAAAACCUGCCCAAGCUUAGUUUGCAUCAAACUAUUGACACAGUGUGGGGUAAAAGAUUAUGGAAUUGCCCACAUUUUUAGAUCAUUGUGUAAUUGACAUAACAUCUGCAUUUGGACCGAUUUGUAUGAGUUGCCAACUUAUUUUAGGGAAAAUAUAUAUGAUGAAGGACUACCUACGCUUCUUAA